UUUAGAUUUCGAAAACCAAACCCACUUGCCGACCUCUUUGCUACCCUCUAAUGUCUAAACCCAAACCCACUCCCACUCCCACUCCCACUCCCACUCCCAGACCUGUCUAUUAUAUCUGCUACUCUCUCUAAUGGCGACCACCACCACUCCUUUUUUAAGACCGCACAGCUUCUUCCGGUCACGGAAAACCUGAAAACAAUCGUCGGAAAGCUUGCCUCGUUCUGAAUUUGCAGGUUUUAUAAUAGAAGAGAUGGAUGAGACACUUUUAUCGCCACUUGUUGCAGAUGGAAGAAUAAACGGCAUCAGAUUUAGUUUAGCAACACCUCAAGAAAUUUGUACCUCAUCCAUCAGCGAUUGUCCUGUUACCCAUCCUAGUCAGCUCACAAAUCCUUUCCUUGGUCUGCCUCUAGAAUCUGGUAAAUGUGAGUCUUGUGGUACUGCUGAACCUGGACAGUGUGAAGGUCAUUUUGGAUUCAUUCAAUUACCAGUCCCAGUAUAUCAUCCUUGCCAUGUUAGUGAACUGAAACGUGUGUUAAGCUCAUUAUGUUUGAACUGCUUGAAGAUGAAGAAGAGGAAGGUCAAGGACAUUCGUGAAAGUGAUAAGCCCUCAAAUGCGCCAUGUACAUAUUGUCCGGAUUUUCCCCAAUUGUCUAUAAAAGAAAAGAAGAAAGAUGAUGCAUUUUAUUUGGAAUUGAUGGUUCCGCACAGGUCAAUGUUACGAGCUGGUUUCUGGGACUUCUUAGAUAGAUAUGGGUACCAUUAUGGUGAUAACUUUCGACGGAGUUUGCUUCCUAGCGAGGCUCUUGAAAUUCUUAAAAGAAUUCCUGAAGAGACCAGAACGAAGCUUGCUGGGAAAGGACACUUUUCUCAGCAUGGGUAUAUUUUGCAGUAUUUACCUGUUCCUCCAAACUGUUUAUCUGUGCCUGACAUUUCUGAUGGAAUUAGUAUCAUGUCUACUGAUCUUUCAGUAUCAAUGCUAAAGAAAGUCCUUAAGGAAGUUGAAACCAUCAGGAGUUCAAGAUCAGGGGCUCCCAAUUUUGAGUCACAUGAAAUUGAAGCUAAUGGGUUGCAAUUAGCAAUUGGACAAUAUCUUCAUUUUAGGGGCUCUUCGAAGGCAUCUCGAGAUAUGAAUACAAGACUUGGGAUCAGUAAAGAGACAAAUAACUCCUCGACAAAAGAAUGGCUUGAAAAGAUGAGAACAUUAUUUAUCAGAAAGGGAUCAGGGUUCUCUUCUCGCAGUGUGAUAACGGGUGAUGCAUAUAAAGGGAUUGAUGAAAUUGGUCUACCACUAGAAAUUGCCCAAAGGAUUACAUUUGAGGAGAAAGUUAGCAUACACAACAUGGAGCAUUUGCAAAAGUUGGUAGAUGACAAAUUGUGCUUAACAUAUAGAGAUGGUGUAUCCACAUAUUCACUGAGGGAAGGAUCAAAAGGAUACACAUCUUUGCAAGUUGGCCAAGUUGUCCAUCGGCGAAUUAUGGAUGGGGAUAUUAUUUUCAUUAAUAGGCCGCCAAGUACACACAAGCACUCAUUGCAAGCAUUUUCAGUGUAUGUUCACAAUGAUCACACUGUCAAGAUCAACCCUCUCAUUUGUGGGCCCUUUGGUGCUGAUUUUGAUGGUGACUGUGUUCAUUUAUUCUAUCCUCAAUCUCUUGCUGCAAAGGCCGAGGUGUUGGAGUUAUUUACUGUGGAGAAACAGUUGUGCAGCUCUCAUAGUGGGAACCUGAACUUGCAAUUGGUCAACGAUUCUCUAUUGUCACUGAAGCUUAUGUUCAAGAAGUAUUUCUUUGACAAAGCUGCUGCUCAACAAUUAGCCAUGUUUGUUCCAAAUGGCUUUCCAGAGCCUGCCUUGCAGAAGGCUUGCCGUUCUGGACCUUUGUGGACUGCUUUGCAGAUCUUACAGACUGUUUUUCCUACUUGUUUUGACUGUUCUGGGGAGAGACACUUGAUUUGUCGAAGUGAGUUAUUGAAAGUUGAUUUUAAUAGAGAUGUGCUCCAGUCCUUGUUCAAUGAGGUUAUUUCUUCUGUCUUCUUUCAAAAGGGUUCAAAAGCGGCUGUCAAGUUAUUUAAUUCUGUACAGCCUCUGCUUAUGGAAAAUAUUUUUUCAGUAGGUUUCAGUGUUGGCUUGAAAGAUUUCUUCAUUCCCAAAGUGGACUCUGAAGUUGUUCAAAAAUGUGUUCAAGAUAUGUCUCCUUUGCUACUUCACUUGAGAUCAACAUAUAAUGAACUGGUAGAACUGCAAGUUGAAAAUCACUUGAGAAGCCUAAAACUGCCUUUUGUGAACUUCAUUUUAAAGUUAUCUACACUUGGCAGUCUAAUUGACUCAAAAAGUGAUUCAGCUGUUACAAAGGUCGUCCAACAACUUGGUUUCUUAGGCAUGCAGCUUUCAGAUAGGGGAAAGUUUUAUUCAAGGACGUUAGUUGAGGAUAUGACUUUAUUUUUCCAGGGAAAAUAUCCUAUCAAUGGAGUUGAAUACUCAUCUGAGGCAUUUGGUCUUAUAAAGAACUGUUUCUUUCAAGGUUUGAACCCUUAUGAGGAGUUGGUCCAUUCUAUUUCUUCUAGGGAAGUGCUUGUCCGUUCUUCUCGAGGACUAACUGAACCGGGAACACUGUUCAAGAAUUUAAUGGCCAUUCUUCGGGAUGUUGUCAUAUGCUAUGAUGGGACUGUGAGAGAUGUAUGUAGCAAUUCUGUCGUCCAAUUUGAAUAUGGUGGGGAGGCUGUUACUAAUCCCAACAGUUUCUAUCCUGCUGGUGAACCUGUUGGUGUUUUAGCUGCGACUGCAAUUUCAAAUCCUGCAUAUAAGGCAGUUCUUGAUUCUUCUCCAAGCAGCAAUUCAUCGUGGGAAAUGAUGAAGGAAAUACUACUUUCUCGAGUUAAUUUCAAAAAUGAGCCUAUUGAUCGACGUAUAAUUCUGUACCUGAAUGACUGCAGUUGUGGGAAAGAUUAUUGUAGGGAAAAUGCCGCAUGUAUGGUUCAGAAUCAGUUGAAGAGAGUCAGCCUGAAGGAUAUAUCAGUGGACUUUAUGAUUGAAUAUCAAAAGCAACGAACUUCAUCUGGGAGUUUGGAAAGAAAUGCUGGCGUUGUUGGUCAUAUUCAUCUUGACAAGAUGCAGUUGAAAUCACUGAACAGGAGCAUGCAUGAGAUUCUUCAAGAAUGUCUGGAAACUAUCAAUUCCUUCCGGAAGAGGAAAAAGCUUGGUUAUCUUUUUAAGAUGACAUCGUUGACUUUCAGUGAAUCUUGCUGUCUUCAGCAAUCACCCGAUGAGAAAUGGUCCGAAUUCCCAUGCUUACAGUUCUUUUUUCAAGAUACAAGUGCUGAUGCAUUGGAGAGUAACUCACACAUCCUGGCCAACAUCAUCUGUCCUGUUCUUUUGGAGACAAUUGUUAAAGGUGAUCCUCGAGUGUACUCAUCCAACGUGAUAUGGAUUAGUCCAGAUACCACGACAUACACUUGUAAGACUCAAAAAGGUGAGGUGGCUCUGGAAGUUUUGCUUGAGAAAACGGUUGUCAAGAAAAAUGGUGAUGCUUGGAGGAUUGUUAUGGAUUCCUGCCUUCCUGUAAUCCAUUUAAUUGAUACAAGGAGAUCAAUUCCUUAUGGGAUAAAGCAAGUCAAGGAAUUACUUGGUAUUUCGUGUGCAUUUGAUCAAGCAGUUCAGCGCCUCUCAACAUCUGUGAGGAUGGUUGCAAAAGGUGUACUCAAAGAGCACCUCAUACUCAUUGCAAAUAGCAUGACAUGCACUGGUGAUUUGAUUGGUUUCAAUAGAGGAGGUUACAAAAACCUAUUUCGCUCUUUAAAUGUCCAAGUACCAUUCACAGAAGCCACACUAUUUACACCGAGGAAAUGUUUUGAAAGGGCUGCUGAAAAGUGUCAUGUGGAUUCUUUAUCGAGUAUAGUUGCCUCAUGUUCCUGGGGUAAACAUGUUGCAAUUGGCACUGGAACUAAUUUUGAGAUCUUGUGGAACAACAAAGAGAUGGGAGUGAACCAAGACAAUGGAAUAGAUGUGUAUAAUUUUCUUCAGUUGGUGAGAAGUUCAAAUGAAGUAGAAUCAAGCGGUGCAUGUCUUGGUGGAGAAAUUGAUGAUCUUGGGCUGGAAAAUGGUGACAUGGAGUUCAAUUUAUCCCCAAGGUGCAAUUCUAACUUUGAUAGGCCAAUCUUUGAUGAAGCUGAAGUAGUGUGCGGCUUGGACGAAAAUCAAAUAGCACAUAAAGGAAAAUCUAAUGUCUCAAAUUGGGAAUGCACUUCAUCUUUACCUGUUGAAUCUAGUGGUUUCAGAGGAUGGAACACAGAUGAACAUCUAGAUUCAGAGAAUGCUGAUGGUGGAAACCCAAAAUUGAAUGUUUGGGAUAGUCGGGGAACAGAUAAGGCUCAAACACAUGGUAAUUGGGGAACAGAUAAGGCCAAAGCACAGGCAAGCCGUUCCACAAAUCCUUUGGUGGAUUCCCCUAGAUCGGGUGGAUGGAACACCCAAAAUUCAGAGAGCAUUGAUGCUGGAAACCCAAAAUUGAAUGUUUGGGAUAGUUGGGGAACAGAUAAGGCUCAAACAGAGGGUAAUUGGGGAACAGAUAAGGGUAAAGCACAGGCAUGCCGUUCCACAAAUCCUUCGGUGGAUUCCCCUGAACCUGGUGGAUGGAAUACUCAAAAUUCAGUGAAGGCUGAUGCUGGAAACCCAAAAUUGAAUGUUUGGGAUAGUUGGGGAGCAGAUAAGGCUCAAACAGAGGGUAAUUGGGGAACAGAUAAUGCUAAAGCACAGGCAAGCCGUUCCACAAAUCCUUCGGUGGAUUCCCCUAGAUCUGGUGGGUGGAAUACCCAAAAUCCAGAGGACACCGAUGCUGGAAACCCAAAAUUGAAUGUUUGGGAUAGUUGGGGAACAGAUAAGGCUCAAACACAGGGUAAUUGGGGAACAGAUAAGGCUAAAGCACAGGCAAGCCAUUCGACAAAUCCUUUGGUGGAUUCCCCUAGAUCUGGUGGAUGGAAUACACUGGAAGCUAUUCAUUUGGAGCCGAGCAACGAUUCGGGAAAAUGGGAUGAAGGACCACAUAUGAGUGGCACCAAUAAAAAUGAAUCACAAACUCAGUUGGGCCAACAAAGAGAGUCUCCCGUUUGGGGUACUACUGUGGCUGAAAAACCAUUAAGUGAAACUGUAAGUUUACGGGGCUGGGGUUCUCAAAAUGCUGGUGAGUGGACCACAAAUGAACCCAACGCCCAGGGCAGAGAAUCAAUAGAAUUUCCCAUCAAAUCAGACUCCCUGGAUGCUAAACAAGAACAUGCAACUCAACUGGAUAUUUCACAUGGUUGGUGUUCUCGGAGUCCAAGUUCUGGAGAAUGGGAUAAGAAUGAAGCUCAUAGGGGCCAACAGAGAGAAUCACCUGGUAGCUCACAAGUUUGGGGUACUACGGUGGUGCAAGAACAAAUAAAGCCUACCAGUUCACUUCGUUGGGGUUCUGAUGCUGGAGAUUGGAAGAAGAUGAAAAAUCGCCCUUCAAAGCCGCCUGGAAGAUUUGAUGAUCGAAACGACUGGAAUGCAAGUGGGGUUUUUACUGCAAGUAGACAACGUUUAGACCUAUUCACAUUUGAGGAGCAAAAUAUUCUUUCAGAUGUUGAACCAAUCAUGCAGACGAUUAAAAGAAUCAUGCAUCAAAACAGGUACAAAGAUGGCGAACCACUCUCAGCUGAGGAUCAGUCAUUUGUACUUGAUAAUGUUUUUACACAUCAUCCUGAUAAAGAGUCAAAAAUGGGUGAUGGAGUUGAUUAUGUCAUGGUUAAUAAGCACAGUAGUUUCCAAGAUAGCAGGUGUUUCUAUGUUGUCUCUACUGAUGGUCGCAGCGAAGAUUUUUCGUACCGCAAAUGUAUUGAGAACUUUAUCAAGGGCAAGUACCCUGCCAUUGCUGAAUCCUUCAUCUCCAAAUACUUUAAAAAACCACGAUCGGUUGUUCAUGUUGAACGAGAAUAGUUUCAGCUUUGGCUAUCUGGAUGUGUCAUAUCCCCUGUAGAGAAUUUUGUUCCCCAACCCCUUCCCGGGCCAUUUUUUGGUUUGUGUCGGUGCUUAUUUGUACUUGGCCCAUUUCCUAUGUAUUGUGGAUAUAAAUAUCUAUAUACUCAAUAUUGUGUACUCGAAUUCCUCUUUUCAUUUUUUCUGAUUAUCUUGUGUUGUUCAUACAUAUUAUGUCUGUUUCCGUAUAAA